AUGUCAUAUUAUGGCACACUCUAUCUGCCUGGGAUCUAGACAUACAAUAACUUAAUAAAAGACUGAACAGACCUGGGCGUUUUCUACAACUGCUGGCAUCUCAUUCUGCAUGAUGUACUCAGCCCCCUUAAAACUUAGAUGAGAACUCAUGCUGGUGGAUUUGUUUUAUAUCUGUCUUGGAAUUGAUAUGCUCAGGGGACUGGUUUCCUUUCUCAGUUCUUGGGGGCCAUUAAGAGGUUUAACUCUUGCUGUGCAAUGCAAUGUGGAGGCUUUACUGCUGACUUCUGCCUGAAGUGGGAUUGUAACAUAGAGAAUCAAUGCUCUUAUGCAAGAUUUCAAGUCAGAAGCUUUCGCUGAAAUAACAGUCUGGAAACAGCCUUGGCAACCACUUGCUGGAUGCUAUGUCAGAAGGAAACACGUGUGUGGUGGGAUAGAAACUCCUCAUUCAUCAGGCUACUGACAUCCAGCUGACUGGAGGGUGCUGUGUCACUCAAUACAGGUUUUGAAGACUUGUCCUCUCAACUAAACAAGCUAUGAGAGUUCAACCAGUGAGCAUUAAUACCUAGAUCCUAAGAAAAAACUAUGAUAGCAACUGGAGGAGUUAUCACAGGUCUGGCAGCCUUAAAAAGGCAAGACUCUGCCAGAUCCCAACAUCUUUUGUCAAGGCCAACAUCACCACCGCCUGAAAAGAAGCCAAUAAGGCGUCGCCCAAGAGCAGAUGUUGUCAUUGUCAGAGGGAAAAUUCGACUUUACUCUCCAUCUGGGUUUUUUCUUAUCUUGGGUGUGAUGGUAUCUGUAGCAGGAAUAGCUAUGGCAGUACUUGGGUACUGGCCUCAUAAGGAGUCUCUUUUAGCUUCCGAGGUGACACUACAAGUUAAUAAAACACAAAUACUAAGAGAAGCUGGUAUGAUGGUCAAGUUUUUUGAGCAGCAUUUGCAUUCAGAAAAAAUGAAAAUGUUGGGCCCUUUUACUAUGGGCAUAGGAAUAUUUAUUUUUAUUUGUGCUAAUGCUAUUCUUCAUGAAAACCGUGACAAAGAGACUAAGGUAAUUCAUAUGAGAGACAUAUAUUCAACAGUGAUAGAUAUUCACAGUAUGAGAAAUAAAGAACAGAAACAUGUAAAUGGUGUAUUUUCUGGUUUAUAUGGAGAAACGGAAUACAGACAUGGAGACAACACUUGUGCAUCUAAAUUGGCAGCCAACACAGUUGGAUCAUUUCCUGGAAUGAGUGGCAGCUAUAAAAGUUGCAGUUCUGCUGAGGAUGAUGAUUGCAUAGUACGUGAAAACAGAAGCUUUUCUAAUCUCUUGCCACCGCUUCUCAUGGAACGUUCUGGCUCUGUCUUUGGCCUUCAUUCAAACAGGAUAAUAGAUGAUAGAAACAGUGGCUCAAAAAAAUGUCAAACAAAGUCUAUUGUGUCCUCAUCUAUUAAUGCUUUUACACUCCCUGUAAUAAAGCUCAACAAUUGUGUCAUUGAUGAGCCUGACAUAGAUAGCAUAACAGAAGACACUGAUAUCAGUAUUAGCAGGCAGAGAAAUGUAUCGGUGGAUUCACUCGCUAUUCCCUCCCCGGAUGUCAGCAGACCAUACAAGCCUCCCAGUUCACCUUUGUUGCGGAGUCAUUCUAUAAUGGAACCAUUAACAAGCAAUUCUUCCAUUGCUUCUGCACCUAACACUGGACAACUUUUGUCCCCCGGAGCUGCCAGGAAGCAGUUUGGAUCCAACACAUCAUUGCACAUAUUGUCUUCACAUUCAAAAUCUCUAGACUUAGACAAAGGACCUUCUACGCUAACAGUCCAAGCUGAACAAAGAAAACACCCCAGCUGGCCAAGACUUGACCGUAGCAAUAGUAAGGGAUAUAUGAAACUUGAGAAUAAGGAAGACCCAAUGGACAGGUUGAUUGUGCCUCAGAACCAAUCAUCUAAAAAGGAUUAUACUAACAAAGAGAAACUCCUUAUGAUAUCGAGAUCCCAUAAUAACUUAAGUUUUGAACAUGAUGAAUUUUUGAGCAACAACCUCAAAAGAGGUACAUCAGAAACAAGAUUUUAGUAUGAAAUAAUAUUUACUUUAGAGGUGUAUUAUUCAUGUAUUAGAAUUGUUUUCCUUGUUGGAUAGAUGUAAAUAAAGAUUUUUUUUAAAAAUAUAA